AUGGCCGACUCAUCUUCAGCUCCCAAGCCCUCCAGCAGCGUCAAGCUUGUCCUGUUGGGGGAGGCCGCCGUUGGAAAGUCAUCCCUAGUCCUGCGCUUUGUCAACAAUGAUUUCCAAGAGAACAAGGAACCCACCAUUGGCGCUGCGUUCCUUACCCAAAAAAUCUCCCUUCCCAAUCGAAUCAUCAAGUUCGAGAUAUGGGACACCGCAGGCCAGGAACGCUUUGCCUCCCUCGCCCCCAUGUACUACCGCAACGCCCAGGCUGCGCUCGUCGUGUAUGACCUGACGAAACCGACCUCCCUCGUAAAGGCAAAGCACUGGGUUGCGGAAUUGCAGAGACAAGCUUCACCGGGAAUUGUUAUCGCCCUAGUCGGGAACAAACUAGACUUGUGCGCCGAAUCGUCCGGCGAUAGCGCUGACGCUUCUCAGGAGUCGUCCUCCGCAGCAGGCGAGGACGAAAACGAGACUAGUAAUGCCGAGCACGCUGAAGCCGAACACACAAAAACCGGCGAUGCAAGGAAAAUCUCUACCCGAGAAGCCAAAUCAUACGCUGAGGAGGAAAGCCUAUUGUUUUUCGAGACGUCCGCAAAGACGGGCCACAACGUCGCGGAGGUCUUUUCGGCAAUUGCAAACGCGAUCCCCGAGACGUCGUUGAAGGGUGCUCGAGGAGCGAGUGGUGGUGGGACCCAGGCAGCAUUGUCAGGCGCAGCUCAACGGGCGGAGGAAGCGAGGGUGAAUCUGGCAGACAGGGGAAAGCAGCAGAAGGAUAAUUGUGCCUGUUAA